AUGUCUAUGCUAAAGGGAGUAAUCCACAAUCUUGCUAAACUUGGUACAAGAGGUAAUCCAAGUAGAUCCAGAUCUGCAGGAACAAAGUUGCUUCUUUAUUCAGAGGAAACAACAAAAGUUAUUUUCCGCCCAAAAGCAAGAGCCUUUUGUAAUAGCAAAGAUCUUUCCAAGAAUGAAGCUGAAGUUAUAAAGCAUGAAAACAUAUGCAGAGGAGCUGGAAAGAGUGGAACUUUCUUUGACUUCAGAAGUUACAUGCUUCAAAAGAUCAAAUCUGUCAAUCAAGCAUUAGAUGCUGCUGUCCCAAUCAGAGAGCCUAUCAAGUUCCAUGAAGCAAUGAGAUACUCGCUCCUUUCCGAAGGCAAGCGGGUCUGCCCAGUACUCUGUAUAGCUGCCUGUGAGCUUGUUGGUGGCCAAGAAUCAACGGCGAUGCCUGCUGCUUGUGGAAUGGAGAUGAUACAUGCUGUGUGUAUGAUGCACGAUGAUCUUCCCUGCAUGGAUAACGAUGAUCUACGUCGAGGAAAGCUGUCACAUCACAAGGUUUAUGGCGAAAAUGUCACUGUUCUAGCUGGUUAUUCUCUUGUUGCCUUAGCAUUUGAGCAUAUGACAACAGUCACUAGAGGGGUGCACCCAAAAACAAUGGUUCGCGCGGUUGGAGAACUAGCAAGAUUAAGAGGACCAGAGGGGGCAGCAGCUGGCCAGGUGCUUGACUUGUUGUGUGGAGGUAAAUCUGAUACUGGAUUAGAAGAACUAGAGUAUAUUCAUCGUCACAAGACUGCAGACUUUGCAGAGGCCGCGGCCGUUGUAGGUGCAAUGCUUGGUGGUGCAUCUGACCAGGAAAUUAAUAGACUUAGGAAAUUCUCCCGGUGUCUUGGAUUGUUGUUUCAGGUUGUGGAUGACAUUCUUGAUGUGACUAAAUCCUCUGAGGAAUUAGGAAAGACAGCGGGGAAGGAUUUGUUAGCGAACAAAUUGACGUACCCAAAGAUGAUUGGCAUUGAGAAGUCCAAAGAAUAUGCUCAAAAACUUAGCAUGGAGGCCAAGGAACAGCUUGUUGGUUUUGAUCCGGAAAAGGCAGCUCCACUACUUGCUAUGACAGAUUUCGUUCUUCAUCGGCAAAAAUGAUCUCCUUAGGGUGAUUAUGCCUGUAGUUUUAACUUUCGUUGUCCGCCUUUUUGUACCUGA